AUGAGGAUAUCAGGAGAGGCGCUGCGGGUGGGCGUUACCGUGGAUGUGUCCAGUUUCGAUCACUUCUCGGACACCAACAUGGAGUACAACCUGACCUUCUACAUGCACCAGCACUGGACGGACUACCGUCUGCAGCACACCUCAACUCUGAACCGGAACCUGACGUUACACGGCGCAAACGUCGACGUCAUCUGGGUCCCGGAUACCUACUUCGUCAACGCGAAGAGAAGUCUGUUCCACACUGUGACUACGGAGAACCGAGUCGUGUACAUCAACACUACCGGAGGGGUCAUGUACAUACUGAGGGUGUCCGCAGCGCUAGCCUGUAAUAUGAACUUUGACACGUACCCGAUGGACGUGCAAAAAUGUGAGCUCCAGGUCGGCAGCCACGGCUACUCCGCCCAGGACCUGGUGUACUACUGGCGGGACGGACUCAGCUCUGUGGAGGGCUUCAGCAACAGCUACUUACCGUACUUCUCCAUACAGAACAGGACCAUCGUGGAAACAUCCGAUGAGUACUCGUACCUGUACUUCAGUUUCGAGCUACAUCGCAAGGUGGCGUACUUCAUGAUCCACACGUUCAUCCCGCCCAUCCUGAUCGUGAUUCUGUCGUGGGUCUCCUUCUGGGUGGAUCACCGCUCCGUCGCUGCGAGGGUAACACUAGGCAUCACGACUGUCCUGUCCAUGACCAACAUCAUCAUGAACGACCCGACCACGUCCUUCCUGCCCAAAGUGUCCUACAGCAAGGCCAUCGACGUUUACCUUAUAUGGUGUUUCAUGUUCGUGUUCGCCGCUUUCCUGGAAUGUGCCGCCGUGACGUACAACUGUUACUACUGGGAACUGAGGUCAAAGAACCCGCCAGAAAUGGACGGGAAGCCAUCAGAACUGCUGGGAGAUCAACAAGAAACGGAGGAGGUCAAGACGAACGGGACCAUCUCACCGACUAACGGGGCGAGACCGAGAUCCGGGAAGACGAUAUUCCGGCGGAGUCUGGCGAGACUGAGCCAGCGACGGAAGCCGAAGAAGCCGACCGACGCCGUGAGAGACACGUUCUCCAGGAAGGUCCUGUACGGCCACACGGCGCCCAUAGACAGAUACGCCAGGUUCAUCUUCCCUGUGGCAUUCCUCAUACUCAAUAUCGCCUACUGGAAUCUAUAUCUGCGAUAACUAUAGCUCUAUUUUCAAAUAAAAGAAAUGGGAUUAUAUGGAAAAUGACUUUCUUCAAGAGAAACUAUUUUGUUAUGUGUUAAUAUCAUAACUUUGCUGCAUGGUUGCCACUUCAGUAAAAUGAAACAAAUUAGAAUAAUAACAACCUAAUGUGAUGAAAAGUAUAUACAUGCAGACCGUUUGUAAGUACGUAGUUUUAGAUACUAACAAUUAUCAGUUGACCUACAUGCCUGUAAAAUUAAGGUCAUGUACGUGACAGACAUAUAAUUUUCGAAAUACUUACGUGCAGUACUUAACGCCGGACGGUGUAUAAAACAUGUUUUUAGAACAGGUUAUAAAAACUGCAUAUCCUUUGUCCAUUUCAUCUUAUACAUACGAUGACUAGUUGUUGCUGCUUGAAGGACCCGCAUGCUUCACCACUCACUUUGUUUUACAAUGGCACCGGAAGAAGAUAUGCUUUGGUAUUUGAGGUGGCCUUGACAUUCGAGUGUGUCCAGAGACUGGUACUGAAACACACCACGACACCUUGCGGUUCUUAGAAUAAUGGCAAAGAGCCAUCAUAACCUUCAUGUGCCUAUAGAUAAAUUAUAUGUGCGUUUAUUACUCAAUUUCCGGCUGGCUUCUAUUGUAUCGGAAUAUGACAUAUACAUAGUAGGAAUCGCAUCUAACAUACCAAAAUAAAUCACUGCUAUGUCUUGAUCUGUGUGCUUUACUUCCAUGAUCUUUUCCAAAUGCUAAGUGCUUAGCAGAGAAAACUGUGAACCUUGAUAUGUGUGAAUUCUACACUGACACUUUUGUACUAAAGAU